AUGGAGCCUGUACAGCUCUGUGCUAUUGUCAUGAACGUUGCAAGCACAGGACGCAUGAUCCUCUGGUAUUUGCAGAACCUCAAGAAGAGCCAUGGGGAAUAUGAUGAUUUCAUGGAGGAUAGAUUGCUGUGGGACAUAGCAAGAACCAGUACCAGAUUGUUAGUGGCAUUCAUUGAGCAGAUAUUCUGUCACUCCUGUAUUGUUACAAGUUUAAGGAAUAAUACAUGGACAUGUCCUUAUUGCCGGGCUUAUCUUCCUUCGGAAGGAAUUCCAGCUACUGAUAUUGCCAAGAAGAUGAAAAGUGUAUACCAAAACUGCACAAAGUGUGACACACAGGUAUGUCUGAGUGAAAUGAGAGUUCAUUUAAGGACUUGUGAGCAAUAUGUAGAAAAAUAUGGACCUCUACAAGAGCUCGGAGACACAGUAACAAGAUAUGCCUGUCCAUUUUGCCAGUGUGUGCAUGAAGAUGAUCUAAUGGACCAUUGUCUCACUUACCAUAGAACAGAAAGGAGAGCAGUGUACUGUCCAAUUUGUCGUUUAAUACCUGGUGGAGAUCCAAGCUAUUUUAGCAGGAAUUUUAUAAGGCAUCUUCAACUCAGACACACAUUCAACCAUGAAGACUACAUAGAUAUAAACAUAGUAGAAGAAGCCCUUAUUGAAAACAUUCUAUACCAGUCAUUUUUAGAAUAUAUACAAGUGAAUCAUCCAAACAGCACAUAAUUCUACUGAAAAGGGUGGGAUAGAUGUUCAACAGAUUACAUUGUUCAUUCAAAUUCAGUUUUUACAGUUACCGGGACAUUGUCAGAUUUUAGACCUAAACAGGUUGACUUAAAAAAUAGUUUUGUUUUUAAAUUAAAUUCCAACUCCAUCACAGAAAAAUGUAAAAGAUCACACUGCCAUAUUGCUGGUUUUGAACACCUAAAAUGCAAUAGUCACUGUCUGCCUGUACUACCUUAUUGCUCAUUGACAAACACCUUUACCUUUAUACAAAGGAAAGGCAAUGACUGGAGCAGAGAGCAGCUUGUGAUUGCACAUUCCACGAGCAGGCCAGAGUCUCCAUGAUACUGCUGCUGAUGUUGCAAUGCUUGGGACAGACAGCAAACAAGGCACAGCCUUUUUUGAAUUAUGUAGCCUAUCAGACUGGGGGGGCACUCAGCGCUUCUGGCCUGCACCAGGGUGGUGGGGCUAGGGUCUUCUCUGCCCAGCAGGGAUGGGGUCCCAGGGCUUCAGCCCUGCAGGGCAUGCCUGCCGGGGCUCAGGACAUCAGCAGGUGCCUCCUGUGGGGCAGGAGCCCCGGCAAUCGCACCCUGGCUCUCAAACUUCUGAAGUUUGUCGUAUGCGGCUCAGAGGGUCAGUACGUUUGGCCACCCCUGUUCUAAAGUGACCAGAAGAUAGGGCUAUAGAAUUGUUUCAAAAUGUACCUCCAACAGAGAAGUAAGCACACAAACUUCUGUGUGUAAUUCUACACAUUUUCAUUGUUGAUUUAAUUUCACAAAUAUGUUUUAUUGUGAGGAAUAAAAAGUUGGCAGGG